GCGAUGACAGAUCGAACGAGCAGUCGCCACCGAAAGUGUUUCGCGACAUACGCGCGCGCGCGCGAGAAAGAGAGAGAGACCGAUCUCUCUCCCGGUUUCUUGCCGCCUGGCCGAUUCCCGCGUUUGCCACGCGAAUUCUCUCACCCCGUGUAAUAUAUGUAUAAUCUCGUCUCUACAUAGUGCAUAUCCGUCGUCGUCGUCGUCUUUUCACGCCCGUUCCCACUACACGCUUGGAUUCCUCGUGCUCGGCCGAGGCUCGUGAUCGGUCGAUGCGCUCGGUGAACAAUACGCACAACGUUUCUUACGGCGGUAGCAAUAAUGUGAAUAACAUCGCCUAUUCGAAGUAUUCCACGGCCGGCGGCUCCACCACACCGACGACAUCGUCGUCGACGAAGGGAGCGACCGCCGCAAAAGCGUAUCCGAAGUACGCGGAGCGUCGGGACAAGGACCAGGAUGUGGUUGUGUUGUUGCCGCAUCGCAAGAACAGGGCGCCGCGGCUCAAGCACAAAUUAUCGACCGUAUCCGAAAACGCACGGCUGGAUGUGAACUCCCCGGGAGGUGAUGAUGACCUAGAGUUAUGGGACCAGACCGGAUUUAUGUUGAGAACCGACGUGGACGAUCCUCUCACGAAUGCAAAGUGGGGCAAGCAGGGUUGGUGCCGACCCAGUUGCAUACCAAUAACGAUCAUACUAAUUCUGAUCGUUCUGGUCGUACUCUUGCCGCUGUUGGAUCAUGCGGCGGACAAGUAUCCGCUGAACGCCGCGUUAGAUGGGGAAUCGACGUGCAUGGAUCGUUGCAGUAUAUCCCUGGUGGAAUCUAUACCCGUGGGCUUGGAUUAUAGCAAUGACACGGCGCAGCACGAGUCAAUCUACGAUUCUUGGAUGGAUCUCAUCGGAAUGGCGCAGGACACGAUCGAGAUCGCGUCGCUAUAUUGGACAAUGAAAAGGGACGAUGUGUUUCCCGACGACAGUGCUAAGAUGGGAGAACAGGUGUUCCAGUCGCUGUUAGAAGCCGGGAGAGAUAGACACAUUGCGCUAAAAAUCGCACAGAAUCUUCCCUCCCGCUUGUCUCCGAACGUCGACACGCAAAUUUUGGCCAAAAAGGCUAACGCACAGGUAAGGAGCUUAAAUUUCGCUGGGUUGUUGGGCGGCGGUGUACUUCACACGAAACUGUGGCUGAUCGAUCGUACUCAUGUAUAUGUUGGCUCGGCGAAUAUGGAUUGGAGAUCCCUUUCGCAAGUAAAGGAACUCGGCUUGAUAGCCUUGAAUUGUUCCUGCUUAGCGAAUGAUUACGCCAAAAUAUUCGAUGUAUAUUGGAAGUUAGGCGAAGAUGGUAAAGUGCCUUCCACAUGGCCAGAUUCCUUUAGCACAAAGAUAAAUAUAAAUAAUCCUUUGAAUUUUACGUACAUGGAUAAUAAGUACAAAUUAUUUAUCGCGAGUUCACCUCCGCCGUUUUCACCGAAAGGUAGAAGCAGCGAUCUAGACGCGAUUAUGCACUGUAUUGCUAAAGCGGAAAAGUUCAUUUACAUCUCUGUGAUGGAUUAUUUCCCAUUAACGAUAUACACUCCACAAAUAAAAUAUUGGCCUAUAAUAGAUAAUGCUCUGAGGGCGGCGGCGAUCGAGCGUAAAGUAGAAGUGCGUCUUUUGAUUUCUUGGUGGAAACACUCGAGACCGUCCGAAUCGUAUUUUCUUAAAUCACUACAAGACUUGACGAAUAGUUACGCCAAAGUCAAAAUCGAAGUGAGGAGGUUUAUCGUACCUUCCAAUCGGCACUGGGACAAAAUACCGUUCGCGAGAGUAAAUCACAAUAAAUAUAUGGUUACUGAUGUGGCGGCUUAUAUCGGAACGAGCAAUUGGUCGGGUGAUUACUUCAUUAACACGGCUGGUAUCGGCACUGUGUUCGAAAGCGUUGGACAUGAGAAUAACGACAGCAUAAGACAGCAGCUGGAAAAUAUCUUCCACCGUGAUUGGUAUUCCAAUUAUUCCUUUCCGCUAAAUAUAAACGAGACAUGGGAAAACUCAUGGGAUUUAUCGAGAAAUUUACAUCAACAUUUAUCAUAUGACAUAUACAUGAAUAAUUAUGGUAAUCGCGUACACAAUGAAUGAUUUUAAUCAUGAAACAUUCAUCAUGUUGAUUUAUACGAGGAGAAUCCAUUUUCAAUGGACAACGGAGCAACUGAAAUUAUUUCAUGUAUUAUACUUCUUUAUUAUAUUCUAACCGUGUGCUCUCUUCGCUUUUAAAUUUUUGUAAAUAUUUUCUAAAAUUUUCAUACAUCUUACAAUUUUGCGCAAACAAUAGAUCAUUGAAGUAUUUGGAUUAAUCGUUACGUACAAGGGAUGUUUCCAAAGUUUUCAUGUUUCUGGGAAUCGCUAUAUAAGUCGACGGAUAAAACUCGUCAAAAAUUUUUCGAAGAUGGAAGAAAAAUUUUGUGAUUUAGGAUAAGGGAGAACUAUAAUAAAUGGAAUCUAUAUCGAAAAAUUAAUGUAAUGAAUAAAAUAAAAGAUUUAUACACAA